AGCAGAGCUGCCAUGGCCAGUGCAGCAGACGGCAUUGGGGGUUUGGGUACAGAGCAGACCCACCUCAGUGUGCCUGUGGCGGACCCCAGUGCUUGGGCCACCGCCAUGAAUAACUUAGGCAUUGUGCCUAUGGGACUAACAGGGCAGCAGUUAGUGACAGAUUCCAUCUGUAUCCAAAGUUUUGACCCCAAUUUGGGUAUUAUUGCCCCCAUUAACCCCAUGAUGGCAGGAAUCAGUCUGGUGCCUCCUCCACCUGUGCAGCCUGAGCUACCUGUCAUCAAAGAGAUUAUCCACUGCAAGAGCUGUACACUUUUCCCCCAGAACCCCAAUCUUCCGCCUCCAUCUACGAGAGAGCGGCCACCAGGUUGUAAAACAGUGUUUGUUGGUGGACUCCCUGAGAAUGCAAGUGAAGAAAUUAUCCGAGAGGUGUUUGACCAGUGUGGUGAAAUUGUUGCAAUCCGCAAGAGCAAGAAAAACUUCUGCCAUAUCCGCUUUAGUGAAGAGUUCAUGGUGGACAAGGCCAUUUAUCUUUCUGGCUACCGGAUGCGCAUUGGUUCCAGCACAGACAAAAAGGAUUCAGGCCGCAUCCAUGUGGACUUUGCUCAGGCGAGGGAUGACUUGUAUGAGUGGGAAUGCAAACAGAGGUUACUGGCACGAGAAGAACGUCAUCGGCGCAAAAUCCAGGAAGAUCGCUUGCGACCUCCUUCUCCCCCUCCCAUCAUGCACUACUCAGAGCACGAGGCAGGCCUACUUGCUGAAAAACUGAAAGAUGACAGCAAGUUCAGUGAGACCAUAGCAGUACUGUUCACAUGGAUAGAAAGGGGUGAGGUGAACCGGCGUACUGCCAAUCAAUUCUACUCCAUGAUCCAGUCAGCUAACAGCCACGUGCGGCGCCUGAUGAACGAGAAGGCCCAGCACGAAGAGGAGAUGGAGCAAGCCAAAGAGCUAUUCAAGAGCUCACUGCUCACCAUCCUCACCCAGUUUGAGCAGAUUACGGCCGUAUUCAGCGCUGCCACCCGGCAAAAGGCAUGGGACCAUUUCUCAAAAGCACAGCGCAAGAACAUAGACAUUUGGCGAAAGCAAUGUGAGGAGCUAAGAAAUGCCCACAGUGAGGAGAUCAUGGGAAUCAGAAGGGAAGAAGAAAUGGAAAUGUCAGAUGAAGACUUGGAGGAAAAUCCCUGUAAGAAGGUUCGAAUGGAUAACUCAGCUCUGACUGUGCACUCUUAUGGCCUGCACGAAGAGAAUGACAGUCUACGCUGGCAGCUGGAUGCCUACAGGAAUGAGGUGGAGCUGUUGAAGAAAGAGCAGGGAAAGAUACAGCACCCUGAAGAGGAGCACAGUCAUGAGCACCAGCUCAACUUCCUCCAGCAAACCAUGCAUAGCAUGCAGCAGCAACUACUGAGGCUCCAGGAUGAGCUGAAGGGAAAGGAAAUGGAGCUGGAGCAGGCACGAGAUGAGCAGCGCUACCUAGAGGGGGAGAUUUUCACCCUCAGGGAGAAACUUCUCAACAGCACAGACUCUGUGGAAGGGAUGAACCACACCACUGACACCCCCGAAAAGGGAGUAAAUGGCACUGCAGCACUCUAUCACCAUCGAGAGAAGAGCAAUGAGGUCUUGACACGAGGUCUUCUAAGAUCUGAGAAGGAAGCUCUGUUACUUGGAGUCAUAUCAACCUUCCUCCAUGUCCACCCAUUUGGAGCCAACAUCGAGUACCUUUGGUCUUACAUUCAAAGGCUUGAUGCAAAGAUCUCCGCCAGCGAACUAGAGCGACUGAUGGUGCGGCUACCCAACAUGUUCAAGCAGGAGUUUAGCGGUGUGGGUGCCACGUUGGAAAAACGCUGGAAGUUCUGUGGUUUUGAGGCCCUCAGCUCAACAUAACGAACAGAGAGACAGUUACUGACACUGAGGUUAUGGGAUUUACAGGUGCUGUGAUCGGUGGUAGACAAAAUGAGACUGACCAGAGCCUCAGGGAAACUCAGUAGAGGGUUCUCCCUCGCUGCUGUAGCUGUCACCCCUGCUGUUCUGCUUUAUAGACACUGAUAUCAGCAAAGGAAAUGCAAAGAAUCAGGAUAGAUGUGCUUACGUGGAGAAGCUCUAUUCAGCAUUUUCUGUCAGCAGUGGGAAGAGAACUCGAGGAAUGCAGGACUGCUCAAUUAUAAAUGAAGAAUGUGGAAUAUGGGUAUGUACGUACAGUGACACACACGCGUGCAGCCAGCAGAUCCAGUGUUUGAGGCUAUUCACUGGAUUGAGCAUUUAUUUCAGAGUUGAAAGUGUACCAGCUUCCCAAAAGCAUUACAGAUUUAAGAUCACCUCAACAUUACAGAAAGUGUUAAGAGAAACAGUUUCUCGUCGAGCUUGUCGUUGUGCAUUUUGUGCUACAAUUCUUUUGGGAACUUAGGUCGUGGUAAAAGCUACAGUAUAGUAACCAUGCUGCA